AUGGCCGUCUGGCCGAAGCCGCUUCGCCAAGGCCGAGGAGGCCGGGCGAGCUUGCUCACGCCACGCACGCCGCGGCCGUCGGCCGACCUCCUCUCGCGUCACUCUACGGCUGGCAUGUCGAUCCACGGCGAGGACCGCCAUGCGGCUUCUCCACGCCGCCUCCGCCUCCCUCUCUCGCCCAUUCCGUUGGGGACGAGGGCCGCUUCCACGCACACGCUGGCCCUCGACGUCAUUGUCGGGGCUCGUGCGGCUCUGCAGCCUCCCGCCAUCUCCUUCUUCUUGGCAUGGUCAUCAGGGGGCGCUACCGCACCUACGCCCGGGCGUGGUCGACAAAAACGGAUCCCACCGUCGAAGGGUGACCCAAGUGAUCCUUUGAACAGCUCUUGGAGUCCUGUUGGCCCCAGUAAACACCUCAAUCUGCACAAUGGGUAUGACGCAGUUACGACAUCAGUGAGUGGCUGCGCAGAUGAUCUUUCCUACCGCUGCUCGUCAGAUACCUUUGAUCCUGACGGACGCACUUUCAAUAUUUCAGAAAAUUGGACUGUGCUGUCCACAGAGGGAGAUAAACCUAUUCCUCGUUUCUAUCAUGCAGCAGCCAUCGUAAGUAGCAAGAUGGUAGUGUUUGGUGGUGAUUCUGGUCAACGCUUAUUAGAUGACACAAAGAUACUGAAUUUAGAGAAGCUUACUUGGGAUUCUGCGCCUCCUAAAGUUUGCCCAUCACCAAGCGGACGUUCGAUGAAGUUGCCAGCCUGCAAAGGUCAUUGUCUGUUAAAUUGCUACUUGUCCUUGGGCGUUUUGGUUCCAUGGGGAAAUAGUGUCAUUCUUGUCGGAGAUUUUGAUACAAUGGUAUGGUCAAGAGUGAAGACCCAUGGUCCUCACCCAUCACCUCGAGCUGGUUGCAGUGGAACUCUGUGUGGAACUAAGUGGUACAUAGCUGGCGGUGCAAGCAAGAAAAACGGUUUCAGCAUGGUUCCUUUCUACCACAGGGACAAGAUUGCUCUUAUUGCAUUUGGAGGGAACAAAAAAGAGCCGUCCAACAAGGUUGAAGUAUUAGUGGUACUGCAAAAUGAGCAUUCUUUUAGUUGGCGUUCGGCCCCAGAAGUGGACCGUGUGCUGUACGAGUACUCUCCAAGCAAUAAGGAGCUUGCUGAUCAUCUCAACAAAUGUGCCCCCUUGUACUCUAACAGUUCCAUCGCAAGGCAUAGUCUCACUUCUGUGAUAGAACACCCUCCUAGAAGGGAACCCCUCUCUGAGUCAUUGUCGAAGCAGUCCAGUUUGGGCACUUCACUCCAUGGGCAGUUGGAUCAAGUAGAAGAGUGCAGCCUAUGUCAGAAAUUGCAGAAACCAAUCGAUGAUGACAGAUACGAUGACGUUGAUGACGACUCUUCAUAUUGUUUCUUACAGCCGAAAGGGCAACGGAGCAAAAGGACAGGACCUGGUAUUCAGAAUGACAUAGCAGAAAAUAUGGUGACUGGAGGAUCAAAUGUGAGAAGGAUAGCUAGAUGCUCUUCAGAUGUUAGCCAGAGCCACUUAUACAACACAAAAAUAGCAGACUUAAUCAGAAGAAACACCACGCUCGAAGACCAGCUUGCGACCGCGCUGGCGAGCAAAGACCAGCUAGAGAAGAGCUUAUCAUCAGUCAUUCACAGCAGAGAACAGCUGGAGAAGAUGCUUGCCAACAAAGAUAAGGAGGCUGAGAUGCUGAAAGAGCUUAGAGCUGGCGCAGGAAGAGUCGAACAGCCUCUCGAACACAGUGCACGCUGA